CCAAUGAGGAACAAACCCAACCGUCCAGCAGUCGCUCUGUGCAUUCUAGCAGUUGAGUAGGAGGGGUUUUGUGGGUUAGUUUUGAGCAAAGUCCCCUUGCUACAGCUGAGCAUCCGCCGUCUCGUCGCCCCACGGUCCCGGACCAACAAAAUAUUAGUCAAAACACUUGCGUGGAGUUUGGAAAUCCCUGCUAUUCGAAGCCAUGGCCACGCCACUGACCGACCAGGAGAAGAGAAAACAGAUAAGCGUUAGAGGGAUUGCCGGGUUGGGCGAUGUUGCGGAAAUCAAGAAGAGCUUCAACAGGCAUCUUCACUUUACGCUUGUCAAAGAUCGCAAUGUUGCGACCCCAAGGGAUUACUUCUUUGCACUGGCGCAUACAGUGAGAGAUCACCUCGUCGGACGUUGGAUUCGCACUCAGCAGUAUUAUUAUGAGAAAGACCCGAAGAGGAUUCACUACUUGUCUCUGGAGUUUUACAUGGGCCGGACCCUGCAGAACACCAUGAUCAACCUGGGCCUGCAGAACGCCUGCGAUGAAGCCAUCUACCAGCUGGGGUUGGACUUGGAGGAGCUGGAGGAGAUUGAGGAGGACGCUGGAUUGGGCAACGGGGGACUGGGGCGGCUUGCAGCUUGUUUCCUGGAUUCCAUGGCUUCCCUGGGCCUGGCUGCAUACGGUUAUGGGAUCAGGUACGAGUUUGGCAUCUUCAACCAGAAGAUCUCCAAUGGCUGGCAGGUGGAGGAGGCAGACGAUUGGCUGCGCUAUGGCAACCCCUGGGAGAAGGCCCGCCCUGAGUACAUGCUUCCUGUUCACUUCUAUGGCCGAGUGGAGCACGACGGCGAGGGGGUGAAGUGGGUGGACACUCAGAUCGUCCUGGCGAUGCCUUACGACACCCCCAUCCCGGGUUACAAGAACAACACGGUGAACACCAUGCGGCUGUGGUCGGCUAAGGCCCCCAACGACUUCAACCUGCAAGAGUUUAAUGUUGGGGAUUAUAUCGAAGCGGUGCUGGACAGGAACUUGGCGGAGAACAUAUCCAGGGUCCUGUACCCAAACGACAAUUUCUUCGAGGGUAAGGAGCUGCGGCUCAAGCAGGAGUACUUUGUGGUCGCCGCCACACUCCAGGACAUCAUCCGCCGCUUCAAGUCCUCCAAAUUCGGCUGCCGGGACCCCGUGAGGACCUCCUUCGAAACGUUCCCCGAGAAGGUGGCUGUUCAGCUGAACGACACCCACCCGGCCUUAGCCAUUCCGGAGCUCAUGAGGAUCCUGGUGGACGUGGAGAAACUGGACUGGGACAAAGCCUGGGAGGUGACGGUGCAGACGUGCGCCUACACCAACCACACGGUCCUGCCCGAGGCGCUGGAGCGCUGGCCCGUUCACAUGUUCGAGAAGCUGCUGCCUCGCCACCUGCAGGUCAUCUACGAGAUCAACCGCCGACACCUGGAGAGAAUCGCGGCUCUCUACCCCGGGGAUACCGGUCGGCUCCAGCGGAUGUCCCUGAUCGAGGAAGGCGACCCGAAAAGGGUCAACAUGGCGCACCUGUGCGUGGUGGGCUCGCACGCCGUCAACGGGGUGGCCCGCAUCCACUCCGACAUCGUCAAGGCCACCGUUUUUAAGGACUUUCACGACGUGGAGCCGGAGAAGUUCCAGAACAAGACCAACGGCAUCACGCCCCGCCGCUGGCUGCUGCUGUGCAACCCGGGCCUGGCCGACAUCCUCGCUGAGAAAAUCGGAGAGGGCUUCCUGACUGACCUCUUUCAGCUGAAGAAGCUUCUGAACUUCGUAGAUGACGAAGCCUUCAUUCGCGACGUGGCCAAAGUGAAGCAGGAGAACAAGCAGAAGUUUGCGGCGUACCUGGAGAAGGAAUACAAGGUGAAGAUCAACCCUGAGUCCAUCUUCGACAUCCAGGUCAAGAGGAUCCACGAGUAUAAGAGACAGCUGCUCAACUGCCUGCACAUCAUCACCUUUUACAACCGUAUUAAAAAGGACCCCAAGAAGCCCUUUGUUCCAAGGACCAUAAUGAUUGGAGGAAAGGCUGCCCCCGGUUACCACAUGGCCAAGAUGAUCAUCAGACUCAUCACCGCCAUUGGACAGGUGGUCAACAAUGAUCCCGUGGUUGGGGACAGACUGAAGGUCAUCUUCCUGGAGAACUACAGAGUCUCUCUAGCAGAGAAAGUGGUCCCGGCGGCCGACCUCUCGGAGCAGAUCUCCACGGCGGGCACGGAGGCCUCCGGCACCGGCAACAUGAAGUUCAUGCUGAACGGCGCCCUCACCAUCGGCACCAUGGACGGCGCCAACGUGGAGAUGGCGGAGGAGGCCGGCGAGGAGAACCUCUUCAUCUUCGGCAUGAGGGUGGAGGACGUGGAGGAGAUGGACAGGAAGGGGUACAAUGCCAUGGAGUACUACGAUCGCAUCCCCGAGCUGCGGCAGGUCAUCGAACAGAUCCGCAGCGGCUACUUCAGUCCCAGGGAGCCGGAGCUCUUCAAGGACGUGGUCAACAUGUUGCUGAAUCACGACAGGUUCAAGGUGUUUGCUGACUAUGAGGCCUACAUCAGUUGUCAAGAGAAGGUCAAUGAUCUAUACAGGAACCCCAAAGAGUGGACGAGGAAGGUGAUCCACAACAUUGCCGGCUCGGGCAAGUUCUCCAGCGACCGCACCAUCUCCGAGUACGCCCGGGAGAUCUGGGGGGUGGAGCCCUCCGACGUGAAGAUCCCGCCCCCUAACGCACCCCGCGAGAUCCCGCCCCCUAACGCACCCCGCGAGAUCCCGCCCCCUAACGCGCCCCGCGAUUGAGUCCGGGAGUCCCCCCGAAAAAUGCACUGCCCCCCCCCCCC